UUGACCACGAUGUCAUACGUGGAUUUUCUGAAAGGUGCAUUUUUUUUGUCUGAAAAUUAAGUUUUGAACUAAACUUCAGCAAGAGGCGAGUUGCUCUUACUGAUUCGAUGAGGAAGGAACUGUACUAUUAUAUUCCGGGAGGAAGGGUUGAUGACGUCUGUAGCAUCCUUAAUGUGACUUAUUGAAAAAAGCCCAGCCACGGGAUUCAUGGAUAAAAAUCCGACGGAAUCAGUGCAGAGAACAAAAACUUCAGAUAAAGAUAUGUAGACAAAUGUUUACAUUGCCUUUCAGAGAGCCGUGUUUGCACAGAAACCUGUCGAUUGCAUUUUAUAUAUAUACGUGGAGAAAACCGUCGGACACAAACGAAGGCGGCAGCGGCGCUUUGGAGAAGAUUUUCUGCGAGAAAGAUUUUAUCACAGUAGAGUAGCCUAAGCCUCGCCCGGAUCCACCUUUCAGGCUGCCGACUCGGCAAUAGAAUGACCAUGUCCAGUAAGGCUACUUUAGCAUUACUAAUCUACGGAAUCAUAACGCAGUACAGCGGCUUAUGUUCACCAGCUGGGCUUCAGUACCCUAAGAUUAGCAUGCGUUUUAACCUUGGUGCAUUGAAACUUGAAAACGAAGUGUACGACGAAGACGGAAACUCGUUAACAGACUGGGCUUUUGGUACAGAUGAGAUGGCGAUACGGAGUUCCCCCUAUUUCCUAGAUGACCUUUACACGCUGUACUACUCACCGGAGAAAAGGGAGGUCAGCGAAACGGAAGACGAUUCAGAACCGCUCUCCAAACGGCACUCGGAUGGGAUCUUCACGGACAGUUACAGCCGGUACCGAAAGCAAAUGGCAGUCAAGAAGUAUCUGGCGGCCGUCUUGGGGAGAAGGUAUAGACAGAAAUUUCGCAACAAAGGACGCCGCUUCUCUUACUUGUAGCGCUUAUUAACCAAACAUUCCUGUGUAUAAACCCUGAAAUCAAGUCAUUCUGAAAUCAACCAACAACCCGCGGAUCGCUUCCUGUGUUCUCUAAACAUGUAUUUAUGUAUCAAGUAAAGCCAUUAAAAUACAUAUUUUAAUAAUAUUAUUGUUUUUCAUUUGUACAAGAGCACUUGAGACCGCACAUAUAUAGGCCUGAUUUGUGAGCUGAUAUAUCUAUAAGUAUAUGUAAAUGGCUGUUUAGUUGUAACGUUUAAAAUGGGGGAAAGGAACGUGAUGUCCAUCUUUGAACGUUCUUUGAAUAUGCAAAUUGACGGAAGGAAUUGAUUUUCAGAAGACAAUCGGAACUGAAUGUUGCUCUUAUUUAUUUUUGUAAUCGAAAUUUGAAAGACUAGUGUUUUCCUUGACGACAGAUAUGGAGACUUGGCAGAGAUUUAGAAGCACUGUGGGUUGGGAUGGGUGUUCAGCCUUUUUGGCCAAGGAGGGAUGCUUCUAGAGCAGUUGAGUGCAGUACUGUAAGUUCACCCAUUUUCCCUAAGUUUUACGCUUUAAGGUCUUUUCUGAGUGCAGGGCCUCUUCCACUUUUCAGAAAGUGGAAUUAUUCCUAUAGCCACCUGUAUGCACAUAUUAUAUAGAUACAUGUUUAUGUAUCGUCUAAAUUGGAGUUAAAUAAUCCCACGAACACUCUUAACUAUAUGAUAACAUGUAAUGGUGUUUUUUUUUUGUUUUUUUACCUUGGGUUCUUAACCCUAUCUUAAAAAUGUUUAUCAUAUACAUGUUUGUUGCAGGCUGUCCUACAUUCUUACAUUAAGCCUAUGAAAAAAGAAAGCAGAAUUUUAAAAUAGCAUUUUGGAAUGUUUAUUUGUACUUCUUGAUGCUUGCACGAGUCAAGAUGGAAUCUAAGUGUGUUCCUCUCUAGUGCUAUUUGUGUAUUUGCCAGAUUUUACUAAAGCCUUCAAAGCAUUUAACUUUUUCGUGUCUGUCAUAUCAAAGGCGCAAACUGUGUGUAUGACAGCUGGAGGGGCAUUCAAGUCAUGAAAAUAACGGGGGAAAACCGCACUGGAUCAGUUUAGCUUUAGUUGUUGUUAAAUCCCUCUACAAUUUCUUAAGUAUUCUUAAGGUGUUAAAUAUUCCUCAUUCUUUUAAUUGUGCCUCAUAUGUACGAAUAUGGAAAUGUAAAGUGAGAAUGGAAGAUUAAAACGGUUGUAAAAGCCACUGAUUGGUGCAACCCAAAGUACCCAGCAUCCUUUGCACUCUUUCAUUAGCAUAAUCUGGUACAAAUGUAUUUUGAGCACUUUUUUUUUUUUUUUUUUUUUUUAACUUGCUGUCUUAAGAUCUGUGCUCAAACCACGCCGUUCCAAUAAUGACUUACUGGUCGACUUAUUCGCCACUUUGGUCUUUGUCAGCUGCACAAGACAAAAUAUGAGUAUGUCAGGCUUUGUUUUAUUCUUUACCCCUCUGAGCCUGGGAGCUCAUUAGGCUUCGUGAGCACUGCUUGCCAGACAGACAGAGAGGGUCACUAUCCGUUUGUGAGACAUCAGACUGGAAGGCCAGAAUGUGGUGACAUGUCAUCACACGGCGUCAGGCAGACACACCGACACUCCUUUGGCUCAGUGUCCCCUAAUUGAGAGCGUUGGCUCUGGUGAGACAAAACAAGACUCGUUCCAGUUGAACCGGUGAUUUAAAAAUGGGCCGUUUCUCGACUUAAAUUAUCAUCAUCGACAACAAUGUUGAGAUCACCUCCACUAAAAAAAAAAAAAAGGCAGGGGAAAGGAGGACACGCGAAUCACCUGAAACAGACUCGGAAAGACUGCCGUUAGGAGGACAAUAUUUCACUGCCCAGCGAGAGAGAUUUUACCGAGGAAUUGAGGCACUAUGCAAAGAAGGAUGCAUGCUCCCCUCUGGCCGCUUCGGUCCGAUUUGGUCCGAGCCUGAAUCCACCCCCUCUAACUCUGCCAUCCUCCUUCAGGAAUGAAACAGGAAGCAACUUCUGGCUUCGGUGCCUUGCUUCAAAUUUCAAAUCGCCACCGGUCACAGAUGGCUAUUAAGUGGCCCUACAAUGCUGCAGACCCAUCAGAUCACACUUUGAUCUUUCGUUAAUCCUUUCCACUCUUUUUUUUUCUUUUUUCCUUUCGGUUUUAAAAGCUGUUAUUUUCUGUAACGUUGGCGCGCUGAGCUUAGAGUUUUGGCUGGUUUCGCCAUGGUUAGCCUGAAUGAAUGUUAUCGCAGUUUCGUGUUAAAUGAGAGGAUUAUAGUAGCUGCUUGCAGAAUCCAUUGAUCACUCCCCAUAAAGCCUACUGUGUAUAUUUUUAAUAGUGCCAAAAGCCUUACUGAACACUGAGAUUCAAAUAUACGAUAUGUGUGACGAAAUGAAUAUCAUAGCAAGUGUUACCAUUAUAAUACUAUACUACACCCUGCGGGGUGUAUAUAAAUGUUCAAAAAGAGUGUUGUAAGAUUUGUAUGAAUAAAUUUUGUAAACUACA